AUGCCACGUCCGGGAAGUCUGAAGGAUCCGGACAUUGCGGAGUUAUUCAGCAAACAUGAUCCAGAGAAGAUUUUUGAAGAUCUCCGUGAGAUUGGUCAUGGCUCAUUCGGAGCUGUGUACUAUGCUCGUUGCAAUCUCACCAAAGAGAUAGUUGCUAUCAAGAAGAUGUCCUACCUCGGGAAGCAGAGUGAAGAGAAAUGGCAGGACAUCUUGAAAGAGAUAAAGUUUCUCAAACAAUUGGAUCACCCCAACACUAUAGAGUACAAGGGCUGUUACAAACGGGAGCAUACAGCCUGGCUGGUAAUGGAGUACUGUGUCGGCUCGGCUUCUGAUAUUAUUGAGGUUCACAAGCGUCCUUUGCGUGAGGAGGAGAUAGCUGCUAUAUGCGAGGGCGUCGUGUGCGGUCUGUCUUACUUGCAUUCCUUGGGGCGGAUCCAUCGUGAUAUCAAAGCUGGUAAUAUCCUACUGACGGAGAACGGGACUGUGAAGCUAGCUGACUUCGGUAGCGCCAGCAUCAAGUGCCCAGCGAACAGUUUCGUUGGAACUCCUUACUGGAUGGCGCCAGAAGUUAUUCUCGCCAUGGAUGAGGGCCAGUAUGAUGGAAAGGUUGAUGUGUGGUCGCUCGGUAUAACGUGCAUUGAACUGGCAGAGAGGAAGCCUCCGUAUUUCAACAUGAACGCCAUGUCCGCUUUGUACCAUAUCGCGCAGAACGAUUCACCUACAUUGCAAGCACCUGAAUGGACCGAUACAUUCCGUUACUUCGUGGAGGCGUGCCUACAGAAGAAUCCACAGGAUCGUCCGUCGUCUACCAAACUCCUGUCUCAUCCUUACAUCACUCGGCCGAGAUCACCGAACGUUCUGGUCGACCUCAUACAGAGAACAAAGGCGGCCGUGAGAGAUCUAGACAAUUUGAAUUACAGGAAGAUGAAGAAAAUACUCAUGGUGGACGCCGAUAAUGAGAGCGCUAUGGGUGAUAAUGAAGAGACGGCUGAGGAGCGUUCAGGCGGUGAUAGCUCCAAGUCUAAUUCUGCUACAUCCGAACACAGCGCGGCCGGAGCUUCUAGCCAGAGUUCCUCGUCUGGCAGUCUACGGCGCAGGCCUAUCGCGCUGAACGCUAAUCACAAUCAGCAACAGCAGCCAUACCAGCAAUACAACCACCAACCAGCCCACCCCACCAGAGACGAGAGCCCCAUACCAGGCUCCCACGACGACUACGUGAACAGGGAAGUUCUACGUGAUUACGCGAACAGGGAUUCCCUGUGUGACGAUUACGGCGAUGAUUACGCGAAUAGGGAGGCGAUACGGGAGGCUCAGAGGGAGAGGGAAAGGGAACGCCAGGCUCUAGAGUACAGGGAGUACGUUAACGCGCCCUCCACGUGGCAACAAGAUAGCGGCGACGACAAUAGGAACACGCAGAGAAGACGUGUAAGCAACAACGUUUGUGCCGCUAUAUCUCUCGUCUCCGAACACGGCGCGAAUAACUUUGCUACCAUACGGACUACUAGCAUCGUCACAAAACAACAGAAGGAGCAUAAUCAGGAAAUGCACGAACAAAUGUCCGGUUACAAACGCAUGCGUCGCGAACAUCAGGCCGCACUUCUCAAAUUGGAGGAGCGCUGUAAGGCGGACGUAGAGGCUCAUAAGUCGCAACUGGAUCGCGAAUAUGACUCGCUGCUGCAACAACUAUCUAGAGACCUGGAAAGGCUGCAGACUAAACACGCUCAAGAGCUGGAACGGAAACAGAAACAGAAUUCGACAGCCGAGAAGAAGUUGAUAAAGGAUAUAACAUCACGCCAGGAACAAGAGAGGAAGGCUUUCGAGACACAGCGCAAGAGAGAGUACAAGGCGAAUAAGGAGAGGUGGAAAAAGGAAUUGAGUAUGGACGACGCCACGCCUAAACGGCAGAGGGAUGCUACAUUACAGUCCCACAAGGACAAUCUGAAGCAGGCGGAGGCGGCGGAGGAGGCUCGUUUGGUGCGGUCUCAGCGAGAAUACCUCGAGCUAGAACUGAGAAGAUUCAGGAGGAGACGGAUGCUGGCCCUGCAUCAUAAGGAACAGGAACUACUCAGAGAGGAGUUAAAUAAGCGUCAGACUCAGCUGGAGCAGGCGCAUGCGAUGCUCCUACGUCACCACGAGAAGACCCAGGAGUUGGAGUACAGACAACAGAAGGGCGUACAUGCUCUCAGAGAGGAACAGUUGUCUAACCAGCACGCUACAGAACUGGCCAACCAGAGGGAUUACAUGCAAAGAGCUGAACAUGAACUUAGGAAGAAACACGCGCUGCAACUCAAACAACAGCCUAAGAGUCUUAAGCAAAAAGAAAUGCUGAUCCGCAAACAGUUCCGUGAGACUUGCAAGAUACAAACGCGCCAGUACAAAGCACUCAAAGCACAAAUCUUGCAAAUGACACCUAAGGAGCAACAAAAGGAAGUCAUCAAAUCUCUGAAGGAUGAGAAGCGUCGCAAGCUCGUGUUGUUAGGUGAACAGUAUGAUCAGAGUAUUAGCGAGAUGUUGCAGAAACAGACCGUCCGUCUUGAUGAGAGUCAAAUGAUGGAGUGCCAGCAAUUGAAGAUGCAGUUGGAACACGAGCUAGAUAUGCUGACGGCCUACCAGAGCAAGAGUAAGAUGCAGGCAGAGGCGCAGAGGAACAGAGAACGACGGGAGUUAGAGGAGAGAGUCGCUGUCAGGAGGGCGCUGUUAGAACAAAAGAUGGAGUGCGAGUGUGGUCAGUUUGUAGCUGAACGCGCUGAGAGGACUCGCAUGUUGCACGAGCGGCAUGAGAGAGACCUGGAUCACUUCGACAACGAGAGCGCGAGGCUUGGAUUCAGUGCAAUGGCGAUUGCCGAAGGUAGUCGAGAGGGUUACGGAGAAGAGGAACAGUCUCUGUCUGGGUCAAUGCUAUCCCUCGCACACAGCAAUUCGUCAGCCAGCUUCCCGGCCGGCUCCCUCUAA